AUGGAGGGAACGGGAGGGAGCCACAAAGUUAUUUCCGAUAACCAGGUUAGAGUUAGAAGCAUAAACUCUGAAUAUGGACAUAAGUAUGGGUUGUCCCCUUACGCCGAAGGCCCGAAAUGCCACGCUGCUGUGACUGCGGUCAGUGUAACUGUAAUCCGUGUGCCUGCUGCUGUCCGCUUCCAAAGUGGCGAUGUGGCUGCUCAUGUCCCCGGUCCAGCUGUCUAUGUCCCUGGUCCAGCUGCUCAUGUCCCAGGUCCAGCUGCUCAUGUCCCCGGUCCAGCUGCUGCAAAAAUAUUUCCUGCAGCAAAAAUUGUUGCAUUUUUCCGUCGUGUUCAUGUCCUGAUUGCUCUUGUAGCAAUUGUUUCAAAUGGAAAUGCUCUUGUCCUAAAUGUCCAAAGUUACGGCCUUGCUGCUGUUGUAGAAUAUCCUGUUGUUGUAACCCCUGCAGUACAUGUUUGUAGUAUUGAUGCUUGA